AUGGCCCUUCAGGAGGUGGCAAGUGCGCGGCCCUGCUCUCCGCCAGUACCAUGGCCCCCUCGGGCCCCCAGGGCACUGCAGGGCCCACCCUGCCCCCUGCCCCAUGGCACCACCACGCUGGCUUUCCGCUUCCACCACGGAGUAGUGGCAGCCGCCGACAGCCGGGCCUCCUGCGGCGGUUACGUGGCCAGCCCGAAUGCCCGCAAGCUGCACCCAGUUGCCACCCACCUGGUGGCCACGGCUUCUGGCACCUCUGCAGACAUCGGGGCCUGGCUGCGAGGACUGAGCUGCCAGCUGGCCCUGCGGCGCCACAGCGACGGGCGGGAGCCCCGCGUGGCUGAGGCAGCAGCUAUCUUGGCGGGCACACUGUGGCGGCGCCGGGGCGAGGGCCUGAGCCUGGGAGCUGCUCUGUGUGGCUGGGACCGGGGUGGCCCAGCCCUGUGGUAUGUGGCGGAUGAUGGCACGCGGCUGGCCAUGGCAGCUGUGGCCGUAGGCUCGGGCUCGCCCUAUGCCUAUGGGGUGCUGGACGGGGCAUACCGCGAGGACCUGGCACUCGGCCCUGCUGUAGCAUUGGCCCGGCGUGCCGUGGCCCAGGCUGCGCGGCGUGAUGCCUACUCCGGCGGCACUGUGGAUGUGGUGCAUGUGGGGCCCUGUGGCUGGCGCUGGGUGGUCCACGCUGACCUGGCGCACCUGGCUUGGGGGCCAGGGAUGCCUGAGGACCAGGAGGAGGAGGAGGAGGAAGGGACCGGCGAUCAGAGCAGCGGGACAGGGACAAGCGGCAUGUAG